GGACGACGUUUCGUCUCAUUGGAUGGAUGCGUCGUCCAUAAGCAUAGACUCCUCCCCGAAGGAACAGCAGGGUUAGGUUGUCACACGGAAGCGGGAGGAAAACAGGGUCCUCGAGCUGGGAUGCGAAGCGCCGAGGAGAAGGUGGCCCAAGAAACAAGCUGGGAAUCAUGUCGCUGGAUUUUGACAGUGCAGCUUUACAGAUGCAAAAUGAAGAUGACGAAUAUGACCAAGAGGAUUAUGCUAGGGAGCAAGAGCUACAACAGCUAUUGACAGACCUUCCUCAUGACAUGCUAGAAGACAGCGGAGAUCAGCUUUCUGACUACAGUGCACCUGAAGAACAUGAGCAAGUGCAUGAACCCUGGGAUCAGGAUGCCGCCAAAUGGAAUGAUCACCCAGUUGCAACAAACCCACCAAGUGAUUAUGGGCAUGACCAGAAUGUGUUUGUCGACCGCUUUGUGUACGACCAAGGACACACCCCAAGUGAAAUGCGUGUGAGUGACUGGCCUGUCCAUCAUAAUGAGGGUGAAGAUAAAAGCAUGUUUGAGAUCUCUGGCAGGGCCAGUGAAAAUGGAUCUGAAGAUGUCUAUCUUGGAGAUGAUUUCCAAGCCCCCAGCCAUUACCCACAAAACGGGGUCUACACUCUGCCACCCAAUUUUCGAGCCUUCACAAAUAGCCACCAGCAAGACUUCAGUAACCAGCACGGCGUUGUAACAAACUUCGCUGAUUCUCCUCAGGAACCCUUGAAGUUGCAGUAUGGUGGUUCAGAAACCAACAGCCAGUCUUUGGAGCCUUACAAAGUUGUGUAUAAACCCUACCAGAAGAAUGUUCAAAAAGCAGCCCCUAUUUCAUCAGAGGAAGCAUUUGAAGAAAUGCAACAAGAAUUUCUGGGUACUGGUGAAAGUUCUUCAGACAACAUGCAGAUUCUUCAGCUGCAGGUUCUGAAUAAAGCAAAAGAAAGAACUUUAGGAGAACUUAAUAACCAGCUGGAAGAAAGAGCACAGCAGAUUAGGUACCUGUCCCAUCAGCUUGCAAUUAUGAAAGAUGAAAAGGAUGGCAUGUAUCUUAGCCUCCAAGAAAGUCAAAAGCUCUACCAAAAUAGCAAGGAAAGGGAAGUUCAACUUGAAGGCCAAAUAAAAGCUCUCGAAAGCCAAAUUCAGACUCUGACAGCUAACGAGGAGCAGCUGAUCAAACAAUCCAAAGUGGCAGAAGUCGCCAUGGAAAGUAUGCAGCAGCAGCUCUUGGAACUUCGCCGUUCUGACGCUCUUCAGCGUGCAAGGGAGCAACACGAGGCUAUCGUUGCCGCGCUCAACCAGAAACUGGAAGAGCAGGCUUCCUCUUUGCAACAGAAACUCGAUGUGAAGAAUGCAUCCCUCCAGGAGCAGAUAGAAAUUUGUUGCCAUCUGAAGGAGCAUGUGAAACAGCUUGAAAGAACUCUUGAAGGAAGUAAAUUAGAAAAAAACGAAAUAAUAAAUCGUCUCUCAAAAAGUCUAGAAGAAAGCCAAAACCAGUGUGCAAAUUUAUUACAAACAGGCUUAGUAACGGAGACAAAUCAACUACGUCUGCAACUUCAACAAGCUCAGUCUGCACAGUUGUUAGGCAAUGAAAUGAACAAAGCUCUUCAGGAAGAGAUAAAGGAGCUAAAAGAAGAAAUUGUUCUAUAUGAAUCAGCCGCAAAACAUGGUGUGUUUCUUAACGAUCCAGGUGGAAAUCUGAAUGUGGAAUUAACGGAUUCCUACGUAGAUUUGGGCAUUAAGCAAAUCAAUAAGAAGACAAGAUUACAGAGUUGUUCGUUGAAUAAAGAAACAGAUAAAGGACUUUCUAAAGAUGAAAUAAUUUUAGAGCUGAAGGUUGAAAUGGAGCGGUUGUUGAGCAGUAACAAAACGAAGAGGAGCCGGAUUUCUCGACUGCAAAAUGACCUUGAAGAUUGUCACAAGACCAUACAAGAACUGAAGCAGCAGCUGGUAAAAUCAAAUGCCAAAGGGAAAAACAUGGAGGGUCCAUCUGAUUCCACAGAGUGUCGUUCCUCCGAUGAAAUGCUGAGGCUCAAAAAGGAAAACCAGGAAAUGGAACGGGAGAUUGAGAGGCAUAAUGCACGUAUUCAGGAACUUCUGGAAGGGAAGGAGCAGCUAAAAAAUGCAAAUCAAGACCUGUGCAGUCAAAUGAGGCAGAUGAUCCAUGACUUUGAUCGGGAUAAACAAGAAGCCCUUGGCAGGUGUGAAAGAACCUACCGGCAACAUUAUGAAGACACAAAGAAAAAGCUCCUUGAGGAGACUGCAGGAAAACAUGCCGCGGAGAAAGAAAAACUCAUCCGCGCUUACGAAGAGAACAUCGCUCAGUUAAAGUUGGACAUCGAUGACCUGAACAAAGAGAUGAUUGUAGUGAAAGAAUGUUACCUCGCCGUCUGCAAGGAGAAAGAUGAGCAGGCCGCCAUCCUGAAAGCAGCAUUUGAACAGGAGCAGCAGCAGAGGGAGGAAAAGUUACUGGUGGAAAAGGACGAUUCUUUGAACAAACUGAGGAAGGAACUAGAAGAAACAUACAAGAAUUCCAUGGAACGAAUGAAGAGCCAGUGGCAGAAGGAAAAAGAAGCCGACCUAAAGCAGCGUAUUGACAGCGAAGUGAAACUUUCCAAAAACAUUUGGGAGAAAGAACAGAAAGAGGCCCAAGAGCAGGCUUGUCAGGAGGUCGAAAAAAAAUGGCAACAGCGGCUGGCCCAGGCUUUGGAAGAGACCAAGAGAGCCGCGGUGGAACUCACAGAUCACGGUAGCCAAACGGAGGAAACCCUGCGCCAAGUGAUUGCAGAGGCGGUAGAGGAGCAAACGGCGUCGUUGAGGGAGGCUCUGAAAGCAAAAGAAAAGUCGUUGAGGGAGCACGAAGCGAACUAUCACGAGAGCAUCGCCACUCAGGUGGAAUUGGCUCUGACCAAAGCUCGUGUGUUGUGGCUGCAAGAGCUUACGGAUCUUGAGGAGUACAAACAUCACUUGAAGGUAGCCAAAGAAAAGUGGGAGAAAGAAUCCGAAAUCAGCACAGCAGAAAAGGUAUCAGCUGUUGAAGAGAAAUGGAAGAAGCAGCUUGAGAACAAUGAGAGAGCCCAGAGAAGAAUUCAAGAGCUUGAAGAGAAGACGCUGUCUCUUAGAAGGGAGCUGGAGCUGAAGGAAGACGAGACCCCGUCGCUUCUUAAAGCAGAGCUCGCAAAAGCUCAUUCUCAGUGGAUUAAAGAAAAGCAAGAGGAGAUUCUCAGCAUGCAAGACCAGAACGAAAAAGAGUGCCACGCCCUUCUACAGGACCAGAAAGUUAAACUCAGCGAGAUGUUUGCAAAGGCCAAAGAAGACCUUGAAAACCAAAAGAAAGAAUUGCUGGACCAAAAAGAGGCCGAGCUGAAGAUGUGCCUUGUCCGGAAGCAACAGGAAUGGGCUGCUCAGGAAGCCAAGAGGCUUCAAAAUGAAAUCCAACAGUACGAGGACAGGAUUCUCGUUCAGGUAGAACUUCUCUUAGAUGACCUACACAAGGAUUUGGUCCAGUGCGCAAGCUGUGAGCGUACUUGGGAAACUAAGUGGAGCCCAUCUCCUCUUCAGAUCCAUCUCCAGUUCAAAGACAAACUGACAUUUUGUUUGCAGAAAGCCUACCGAAACAUGGUCAACGCCAUUCUUGAAAAAGCAACGAAAAAAUGGAACCAGAAACAUGAAGAUCUGGGCUCCGAUUGCAAAGAUUCAGAUGACUCUUGCAUGCAGAAUGGUGAAGGGGAACCUGGAGACAAAUUCAGACGUUCUAUGUAUAACGUUGGGCAGCAAGUAGAAAUCCAGCGGAUACUAAGAAAACAUCCUCCUUUACAGGAGACUGAAAUAGAUUUUGAUUGUAAAUGUAAAAAAAGAAAUAUGUUGUCGCAAGCCGAGAUUUGUUUUGAGCAUUAUCGACAGCAGCUGGAAAAAAAGGAAAAAGAAUGUGAGGAUUUGAAAAGGAAACUCGACAAAGCUUGCAGGCAUCUCCAGCUUGCGGUAAAGGAACAAAAAACGAAGUGUGAACAAGCUCAAGAGAAUGAAAAAAUUAUGAAAGCCCUCAUGGAAGAAAACUCUGCCAUGAAGAACCAACUUGACGAUUUGAAAUGCAUCAAUAUUCCUCCCAGGUCGUCCUCAGAAGGCUGUAUCUCAAAGCCUUGUUCUUCGUGUGAUGGAAAAGCUUUGGAAGAGAUGCGUUCCCAGUAUCUUAAAACAGUGAGCAAAAUCAGAAGUGACAUGCUUCGUUACAUCCACGAAAGUAAGGAGAGAGCAGCAGAAAUCAUAAAAGCUGAAGUUUUAAGGGAACGGCAGGAGACCGCCCGAAAAAUGCGCAAAUAUUAUCUUAUCUGUCUUCAACAGCUUCUGGUUGAUAACGGCAAGCAUGAAGGGGCUGAAAAGAAAAUAAUAUGUGCUGCUGGCAAAAUUGCUACAAUGGCUAAAAUAUUAGAAACUCCUGUUCGGAACUCAGCGCUAAAUAAAACCCCACACUCAGCCCUACCCCAAAACUCCAAAGCUGAAGAACCUCAAACGAAUUGCACUCAACAUUGUAAGUCCACCCCAAAAGAAAGUCAAACGCACAAUGAAAGUCCGGGCAAAAGACACACACCUCGUAGCUUGCAACCGCAGCUUGAUGCCGAAAACGAGUCGCGCCUGGUUUCUCAAACCCAGAUGGCCAGGAAAGCUUUGAAGCAGCUGGACGAGCCUUCAGUUGGUGCUGCACCCGCAGAAGCUUUCAGCGAGGAAGAAUUUGGAAACACAGGUCUACCGUGUAGAGUUGGAACGUUCCAGAAUGCUGCUUCUUACGCGCCUGAAAGAAAGCUUCAAGGUACUCAUCCCGUUGCAGUGGAUGGAUUUGACUUUGGAGCACCUGGUGAAAAGUGUAAGCGCCUAAACGAAAGGCCACGGAGAACAGAGGUUGGAUGUAGCCCAUCGGUUAGACAGUGGAAGGUGGCAACAUCUGGGAAAACCCCAGGCUUCGAAGUCCAAGAAACUCCCGUAAGAGAUGAGGGGUCUUCUGCUGACUGGAGCUUGUUAAGCGAGACUCUUCAUGUGAACCAUAGCGGUGGCUUUCAACAUCCAAAAAUAUAUUCCAGGGGGCCUCUAGACUCCCAUUCAGUGCUUCCCAUGACCAACACCCGUUCCCAGGUCAAGGAAGACACUUCUGUUUUUUCACCCCGUCUCGGUGGACAUCACGAGAAGGAACUUAUCAAGAAUCUACACAUAAAUUGCACCGACGGCCAUCUGACCGUGAAUUCAAGUUGUACACCGUUUGCAGACUUGGGCACUGUACGUCCUGCCGGCGCCCAGCCGAACAACGCUGCGCUAUGUUCCGCAGCCGGAAAAAGCUAUAAUGCGCUACAAUCCAGGAAACACAUAUACAGGGUGAUGGAUUGCCAACAAGACAGCGGCUUUGAGAGCCCGCAGAUCAACUUUGAUUAAUUCCCAACUAUCGGGAAAACUCGGACAAAAGAGGAGAUGCUUAAAUAUAUUUAAACGAAAGGAUGUGGAGAACGUGAGUGGUGAUGGCCUUUAUGAGUGUUUUUGUUUCUUUCUUUUAUAUUUCGACUGUGGGCUCAACGUCGUAGGUAUCUGACAUUAUUGUUCUAGAUUGCCUCUCUGUGUGUAUGCGUGUGUGUGUGGCUUUUCUUUAUACAGCGAGGUAAAUAUUGAAUUGUGUCGCAGGAAAUUAUCUAUUUUUGCACUUGAGAUUAGUGUGCAUCCAAUGCAGAUUUUUACAUUUUAUUUAUAUAAAAAUAAAGCAAAUACUCUGUAGGCCUAAUCUAUCCAUCCUCAAUCUCUUCCUCCCCACCCAAAAAAACCCGACAGCCCCUUUUUGUUGGUGAUUUAAUACUUCCUUUUUUUCCUAUAGAUCGAUUGAUUCAAUUUCCCUAGCCGUCCAUCUCAAUCGGAUCGAUUUCAGGAUGGCAAACAAUAUCACAGUAACCAAAACAGUGAAAACAGUUUCACACACACACAACCAUCCUAGUGGACAACCAUUUAGAUAUGAGCCAGCAGUGUGCAGCAGCUGCCAAAAAAGCCAGCACAGUUCUGGGCUGCAUAAACAGAGGGAUAGAAUCAAGAUCACGUGAAGUGUUAGUGCCACUUUAUAAUGCCUUGGUAAGGCCACACUUGGAAUAUUGCAUUCAGUUUUGGUCACCACGAUGUAAAAAGGAUGUUGAGACUCUAGAAAGAGUGCAGAGAAGAGCAACGAAGAUGAUUAGGGGACUGGAGGCUAAAACAUAUGAAGAACGGUUGCAGGAACUCGGUAUGCCUAGUUUAAUGAAAAGAAGGACUAGGGGAGACAUGAUAGCAGUCUUCCAAUAUCUCAGGGGUUGCCACAAAGAAGAGGGAGUCAAACUAUUCUCCAAAGCACCUGAGGGUAGAACAAGAAGCAAUGGGUGGAAACUAAUCAAGGAGAGAAGCAACCUAGAACUAAGGAGAAAUUUCCUGACAGUUAGAACAAUCAAUAAGUGGAACAACUUGCCUGCAGAAGUUGUGAAUGCUCCAACACUGGAAAUUUUUAAGAAAAUGUUGGAUAGCCAUUUGUCUGAAAUGGUGUAGGGUUUCCUGCCUGGGCAGGGGGUUGGACUAGAAGACCUCCAAGGUCCCUUCCAACUC